AUGACGCAGUAUUAUGCGCUCGCCUCCUCAUUCCUCCCCCUCCCUCCCCAUCCCACCUCACCUCUUUGCUCCCAUAUCCCACCCCCACCAGGAGGACGGCUUCCGGCCUGGGCUGGUGGGAGGGCUGCUGGCGCGCGAGCGAGUGCUGGCGAUAGUGGCAGGGCGGUACUUCACACUCGCCAUCUCGCAGCACGGCCGCCUCUUCACCUGGGGCAUCCCCCCAGCAUCCAGCCCCCACCCACCCGCCAUGUUCACGUCAACCACGCGGCGCCAGCCCGGCGGCGGGGGCAGGCACCGCGGGCUGUUGACUCUCAACUCGGCCUUCCACGCGUCCGUCCCCUCGGGCGCCUCGUCAUCCGCCGCCUUUCCUUCCGCCUUUCCUCCCAGCCUUCUCCGCGGGUCCCUCCUACGUGUCGCUCUGGCGGAAGCGCAGGGGCGGGGGGGAAUACUUCCGCAGACGAGUUCGCGCUGGCGAUGUGCGUGGGGGGCGUGCUGCGGCGCGUGGGGGUGUCGACGGUGGCUGCGAGCGGGCACACCCUGGCAGUGACUCCGGGGGGCGUGGUGCUGUUGUGGGGACGCGACUGGGAUGCGCGCAGGCGCCCCGCGGGGCUGCUAGGGCGCGCGGACGGCGCGUUUUGGCGGCUUGCGCCGGUGGAGGGGCUGACGGGGGAGGUGCAGGUGGUGGCGGUGGCGACUGGGAACUGGGCCGGCCAAUCAAGAGCAAGGUGCGACGGGCUGUGGGGAGAAGGGGAGGUGUGGAAGGGAGGCGGGGUGGGAGAGGACAGGGGUGGGAGGGAGAGAGAGGAGGCUGAGGAGGGUGGGAGGUGGUGGGAGAGGGAGGCGAGCGGGAGUGUGUAG